AUGAAUGAUGAAUUGAGUCUAUGGGGCAACACCACGACCGAAGCCAUAGAGACAGUGCCUGGGGAGGUCGGCUCCGAUGAGGAUGGGUACGUGCACUUGCUGGUUUUUCUCUCCAUUUUUGCCAGUGGCACACUGGUGAUUCUCUGUGGCGUCUUGAUCAUCUGCCGGUACUGCUGUGAGACGGAGCGUCGGCAGUCCAGAGCCGGCGAUGACCCAGAAAAAACCAACACGACCUACUUGGACGACUCCCAGCCGACCCAAGAGAUCACCAUCAAGGUGGACGACCCUGAUGGGACGUCGAGCUCCAGCCACCGGGACACGGAGAGCGAGCGCUUUCUGUCCUCUGGCAGCUCGACGGGGCGGCGGGUCUCCUUCAACGAGGCUGCCCUCUUCGAGCAGAGCAAGAAGACACACGAGAAGGGCCGGAGGUAUACUCUGACAGAGGGAGAUUUCCACCACCUGAAGAACGCCCGCCUCAUCCACCUGCCCUUGCCUCCUCCUCCUGCUCUCAAAAUCGUCACCAUCCAUGAGUGUGAAUCCAAUGACAGUGCAGAAAUGACCCCCAGACGCCCCCCCGCCAAGCCCAACCUUGCCAUAUUCCAGCCGCUGGGAGGGACACUUCCGCAAACCGCUUUGACUGGCCACGCAAUGUGCCCCAGCUCAGCCCUGCCUGGAGACACUUUCAACUCCUCCGUCGAGGCCAGCGCCACCAUCUCGUCGGACUCCAGCGAGGGCACCUCGCUUGACGUUGAACCCCGGGGUCCCAAGGGGGGCAGAGUCAGCAGUGGGGCCGCCAAGGGGCACCCGCCAGCACGUUCUCCGGGCAACGUCCUUCACUUCUUCACCCGCCUGCGUCGUCACACCAGCCUGGAGGGUGCCAGCCCCUAUUUCAAGAUCAAAAAGUGGAAGCUGGAGAUGAGCCAGCGAGCCUCUAGCCUGGAUACGCGUGGGUCUCCAAAGCGGCACCAAUUCCAGAGGCAACGUGCCGCGAGCGAAAGCAUGGACCAAGAAGAUCGGGAUGCCCACCAGACUGACAUCAUCCAAUACAUUGCGCGGACGGACAACGUGGUCUUCCGACCUGUGGCCGGGCCACUCCUGCCCCCUCCUGCCAGCCCCACACAAUCUAUCGGCAGGUUAGACCGCUCCGAGCCGUCCGCCCCCGCCCCGGCCGAGCCCCCCCCUCCGGACCAGCAGCCCACCCCCGUCUGCCACGACAUCUGGAGCCUGCGGGCCUCCCUCGAGAUGUGCGCCUCCGCCGAGCAGGGCAACGACCGGGACUCGAUCCGCAGCGAGGGCGGGGACAGCGCCUCCUCCAGCGGCGGCCCGCCCAGCGCCCUCUCCUCGCUGGCGGACGAGGCCGAGGGGGGGGACGACCGGCCGUGGGGGAAGCCCAAGCCCGAGGGCGCGGAGGCGGACGCGGGGCCGCGCAAGCUGCUGCAGAUGGACAGCGGCUACGCCUCCAUCGAGGGCCCCGGCGGGCGCGCGGGCGAGGACCAGACGGCCUCCGAGAAGCGCUCCUGCUUCACCAGCGCCGGGCGCCGCGCCACCGUCUUCGAGAGCUUCGAGGAGCGCGACCCGGCCGAGGAGGACGAGGACGAGGAGGAGGCCGAGGCCGAGGCCCAGGCCGGCGGGGCCGCGGGGGGCGCGCUCCCGCACAGCCCACUGGCCUGGGCGCCGCACGGGCAGCUCUUUCCCGCGCGCGAGGGCCUCCCGCGCCGCGACUACAGCAUCGACGAGAAGACGGACGCGCUCUUCCACGCCUUCGUGCGCCACGACCCGCAGUUCGACGAGUCGCCGCUGCGCGCCAAGCUGCGCUCCCGCGCCCACCUGCGCAAGCAGUGGCAGCGCGCCCGGCAGCACAGCGACCCGGGCGCGCGCUACCCCGCCGCGCUGGAGCGGCACCGCACCCCGCUGCGCCGCGGCGACAGUGUGGACGGCCCGCCCGAGGGGCGCGGCGCGGGCGCCCUGCCGCGCCUGGAAAUCUGGCUGCAGCAGGCACAGAAUUAG